AUGGGAGGCUUUGUUUAUGUGGAUAGCAUAUUAGUUCCCCUUAGCAUCUUCUUCACAAUAGGCUACCAUGCUUACUUGUGGCACAACCUCAAGCACAGACCUUCUGCAACUUCCAUCGGCCUCAACAUGCUCAAACGCCGCGCAUGGCUACAACAACUCAAUCAGGGAGAUGACAAGAAGGGCAUGCUUGCAGUACAGAGCUUGAGAAACACGCUAAUGUUCGCCAUUUUAAUCGCCACAGUCACAAUCCUCGUCACACUCUCCUUGGGCGCUCUCGCCAACAAUGCCUUCAAUGCCGGCCGAUUCCUCUCCUUGGGCUCACAGUCGGGCCGGAUCAUGGCCCUCAAAUACGGGUCGGCCUCUCUAUUCUUGGCAGCCAGCUUUCUGUGCAGCUCCUUGGCAGUGGGCUUUCUGGUGGAUGCGAAUUUUCUGAUUAAUGCAAUUGGGGAAUUUUCUCCUGCUGCUGCAGGCUACACAGAUACGGUGGUCGAGAGAGGCUUCGUGCUGGCGGUGGUGGGGAAUAGAGUGCUCUGCCUCGCUUUCCCUCUCCUCAUGUGGCUGUUCGGGCCUUUGCCGGUUGCCGUUUCAUCUUUGGCGUUGGUGUGGGCCCUAUACAACCUCGAUUUUCUUCCCAACAAUCACCUCGUUGCUUCUUAUACUUCUUCUUCUUCUUCUUCGAUUUAG